CAUUUCGGUCCGAUGCGCUGAGAGGGGAGGCCAAGUCAUCCCUCCCCCCGAAAAAAACAACGACGGACGAUGGCUUCAAAUCAAGCAUUAUCGGAUCAGAGCCCCGAUGUGCAGCAUGCUGCCAGCACAGCGGGCUUCUCUCACCCGGCACCAGGACCCUCAAGGAGCGCUUAUCUAGCCGGUCAAGAAACCCAUGAUCAUGAUGGCCACGACAGUGAUACGCCCGGCCUGUCCUCCUCUCGUAAAACGUCGGCGCAAAGCUUCACGCCGCGCUCCCUCCUCGUCGGCCUCGGUAUCGGAACCCUCAUCACUUUCUCGAAUACUUAUUUCGGUCUCCAGACUGGCUGGAUAAGCAGCAUGGCCAUGCCUUCGUCCCUUAUCGGCUUCGCGGUCUUUAAGGCUAUCGCCCCAUACCUUUCAUUCCCGUUUAGUCCCAUCGAGAACGUGCUCAUUCAGACCGUUGCGGGCGCCGUGGGCACUAUGCCGCUCGGCUGUGGCUUUGUCGGCGUGAUUCCCGCGCUCGAGUUUUUACUUCGAGAUGGUCCGGAUGGAGAGAGAGGUGGGGAUGAUGGACAAGGUGAAGGCGGACCGCUCAGGUUGGGGUUCUGGAAAUUGGUCGUCUGGAGUUUGGGCGUGUGUCUUUUCGGUGUGGUUUUUGCGGUGCCGUUGAGGAAAGAGGUUAUAGUGAGGGAGAAGCUGAAGUUUCCGAGCGGGACGGCCACGGCGCUGAUGAUUCGAGUGCUGCAUGGUAGUGGACAAGCAGCUGAGAAGCCAAAGACUACUAGGGGUAGCCCUAACGCAGAAUAUCAGGAAACGGAAAGGUUGCUUGCCAGUGAACCUAACCCUUCUGAGACAUCAAGGCCACCAAGUAGCCGUGAUCUUCGGCAAGAUUGGAAAGGAAAGAUAAGAUUACUGAUUUUGGCCUUUGGGGUAUCUGCAUUUUAUACACUUCUUUCGUAUUUCGUCCCAAUAUUUCGGAACCUGCCAGUGUUCGGGUUUACACUCGCAAGCAAAUGGCUCUGGACCUUGAAUCCAUCACCAGCAUACGUUGGGCAAGGUAUCAUUAUGGGUUCCGCUACCUCGCUGCAUAUGCUGGUUGGGGCCAUUGUUGGAUGGGGAAUCCUGUCCCCCUUGGCAAAAAGUAGGGGAUGGGCGCCAGGACCUGUGGAUAACUGGGAGAAUGGUAGCAAAGGCUGGAUUGUUUGGGUAUCAUUGGCGAUUAUGCUUGCUGAUUCGGUCAUGAACCUGGGUUGGUUAAUCUUGAGACCUGUGGUCCAUUAUGCGCCCGAUGUGUUCCGUGUACUCCGGCGCCGGACUGGUCAGAGGGGGUUCUGGCAGCGCCUUUUCAGCAAAUCUUCAAACUCAAGGGAGGGUUAUAUCCCCAUUGGUCAUGGGCAUGACACAGAAGAGCAAGAUCCUGCCCCCGACAUUUCCAAGAAAGAUUAUGAUGAAAAGGAUGCUCCUCCUUCGGAACUCGUCUCAAUGCGAACCGUUGCUAUCCUCCUCCCAUUAACCUUGAUCCUCAACGUUGUGUGUAUGCACAUUGCAUUCGGAAGCAUCAUCACACCCUUCCUAUCCAGUCUUGCCACCCUCCUCGCUCUUGUCCUCUCAGUCAUGGGUGUCCGUGCGUUAGGUGAGACAGACCUCAACCCGGUCUCCGGAAUCAGCAAAGUCACCCAACUCAUCUUCGCGCUCGCCACACCUUCGUCGAGCCACACUCGUCGCUCAGCGAUCGUCACUAACCUCCUUGCCGGCGCUGUUUCCGAAUCUGGCGCCCUUCAGGCAGGAGACAUGAUGCAAGACCUGAAAACAGGCCAUAUUCUGCACGCGAGUCCCAAAGCGCAGUUCUACGGCCAGCUGAUCGGCAGCCUCUUCGGCGCCGUGAUCUCGGUCGCCGUGUACCGAUUAUAUAUAAACGUAUACGAAGUCCCAGGCGACAUGUUCCAGAUCCCCACCGCAUACGUGUGGAUAUUCACCGCACGACUUGUCACGGGCCAGGGUCUUCCCGAUAUGGCAUGGCAGGUUUCUGGUAUUGCGGCGGUCAUCUUUACCGUCACCACUAUCGUGAGAAUCUUUGGCGCGGCAGGACUGAGGAAAGGUGGGUCUGCUCCGUCUUGGAGGGCGUGGAUCCCGGGCGGCAUCGCUGUCGCUGUGGGUAUGUAUAAUGUCCCGUCAUUUACGCUUGCAAGAGCCAUCGGGGGGCUCAUCGACCUUUGGUGGCGCUGGCGCCAGAAGAAGAGGCAAAAGGGGCAACGAGCUAUCGCUGCCAGCGCGUUGCACGGUGAGGAUGAUGGUGGAGGUGACGGCAGCCUUAGUCGUUCGCAGGACGAGCAAGGCGAUAACCAAGGAGCAAACGGCACGCAUUCGACCAUUGUUAUAUUAGCCUCAGGGCUGAUCCUUGGGGAGGGAGUGGUGAGCAUCGUCAACCUAGCUCUUGCAAGUGCUGGAGUGCCACAUCUUUGACCCGGAUCCGGGGAAACCACUCGCUAUUGCCUUAAAAC